AUGCCUGACUCUAAAGACGUCGAGGCCCACGACACCAACAACGAAGAGAAGGAUAUCGCUCAGGAAGCAGACGAUGUAGCCGACGCCAAGCUACAUAAUGGCCUGACCGAGGCAGCGAUGGAUGCCGAGCUACAGCAACUGGAAGCUCAACUACACGAGCUGCCAAAGUCUCGAUUUGACUUCUCUAUGGCCAGCCCGAAGAACUUCACAUACAUCCUUGUUGCGUUUGCAUCGAUGGGAGGUAUGCUCUCUGGUCUGGACCAGUCGCUCAUCAGUGGUGCAAACCUCUUCCUGCCCAAGGACCUUCAUCUUUCAUCUGCCGAUAACAGUCUUGUCAAUGCCGGUAUGCCACUCGGCGCUGUGGCCGGUGCUCUCAUUCUUUCUCCGGCAAAUGAAUACCUCGGUCGUCGCAUGGCCAUCAUCGUCUCCUGCGUCUUAUAUACUAUAGGCGCAGCCCUAGAAGCUGGCGCCAUAAACUUCGGAAUGAUAUUCGCCGGUCGAUUCAUUCUCGGUGCCGGUGUCGGUUUAGAGGGCGGUACUGUCCCCGUCUACGUUGCCGAAUGUGUCCCCCGUAAAAUCCGCGGAAAUCUCGUCUCCCUAUACCAACUCAACAUUGCCCUCGGCGAAGUCCUCGGCUACGCCGUCGCAGCAAUGUUCGUCAGCGUCCCCGGAAACUGGCGCUACAUCCUCGGCUCAUCCCUCCUCUUCUCCACCAUCCUCUUCAUAGGCAUGCUCUUCCUCCCCGAAAGUCCCCGCUUCCUCAUGCACAAAGGCCGGGAGAUCGAAGCAUACGCUGUAUGGAAGAAAAUCCGGGGAUUCGUCGAGCACGAGGCCAAAGACGAAUUCCUAGGCAUGCGGCAAGCCGUCACAGCCGAGCGCGCAGAACAAGCCACGAGUAAGUACGCCUGGAUGGACUUCUUCACUGUUCCGCGUGCCCGGCGCGCAAUGGUCUACGCCAAUAUCAUGAUUUUCCUGGGCCAAUUCACAGGCGUGAAUGCAGUCAUGUAUUACAUGUCGACACUAAUGCAAGCCAUUGGCUUCGACGACAAAGACGCCGUCUUCAUGUCCCUCGUUGGUGGUGGAUCAUUGCUCAUCGGCGCAAUCCCAGCCGUGCUAUACAUGGAGCGCUUUGGUCGUCGGUACUGGGCCAACGUGAUGCUACCUGGAUUCUUCAUCGGACUUGUCCUCGUCGGCGCAGGAUAUACUAUCGAUAUCCACAAGUACCCAUCUGCAGCGCAGGGGGUCUAUCUCACUGGUAUUAUUUUGUAUAUGGGGUUCUUUGGCUCGUAUGCCUGUUUGACGUGGGUUGUGCCGUCGGAGGUGUUUCCGACGUAUCUUCGGUCCUAUGGAAUGACGACUGCGGAUGCGAAUCUCUUUUUGUGUUCGUUUAUUGUGACUUAUAAUUUUACGCGGAUGAUGGAGGCUAUGCAUCGGAUUGGAUUGACGCUUGGGUUUUAUGGGGGGAUUGCGGUUGUGGGUUGGGUUUAUCAGGUUGUUUUUAUGCCUGAGACGAAGAAUAAGUCGUUGGAGGAGAUUGAUGAGUUGUUUUCGUUGCCUACUUCUGUUAUUGUGAAGCGGAAUUUGAAACAGAGUGCGCUGGUUGCGAGGGAUUUGUCGAGGUUGAGGUUGAGGAAGGUUUUUUUGCCUGAGCCUAGGUCUGUUUAA